CGCGCGCGGCGAGGCUGGGAGGUGACUGGUGGGCGGACGCGCGCUGGGGGUGGGGAGGUGCGGCGGCGAGCGGGCGAGUGCGCGCACGGUGAGGGCCGGGAAAGCGCGAGCCAGGGCGCGUGUGCGGCUGUGUGUAUGUGUAUGCGUGAGAGACACACCGGAGGAGGGAGACACACACAUAUACAGAAGCGCACACACCGGGGCAAAAAAGGGGUGGGGAGGGAGGGGGAAAAGGAAAAGGAAAGGGGAGAAAGAAAAAAAAAAAAAGGCAGGCACUCGAAGCACCCGGGCGGGUGAAAGAAGAAAGCCGGCGGCUGCGAAGGCGAAGGCAGGAGGCGGCGGCACCAGCUCCGGCGAGAGAGCGGCGCGCGGACGUCGGACCCGCAGCCCAACCCCGAGCUUGGAACCCUAUUGAGCUGGAGCCGGAGCGCGUCGGGCCGUCCGGUCCCCCCUCCUCCUCACUCUAGCUAUUUUAUUUUAUUUUUUCUUUUUCUUUUUCUCCUUCCCCUCGCGAAGGGCGAGGCGCAACCUUUCCCUGUGGGACGAACCCACCCCCCCAGCGGCGGAUCGGCCUCGUGGGAGGCGCUAGUUCGGGGGGGUGGGGUGGCCCUGAGACCUCGGCUGGGGCGGGGGGCGACGGGGAAGGCAGGCCCGGCCCGGCCCCCCGGGGAGCAGGCGACAGCCCGCAGCUCUUAGCGGCGGUUGUGGCGGCGUUGUUGUUGUUGUUGUUGGCCGGAGCCGCUCGGCUCUACGGAGAGCCAGGCGAAGGAGGAUGUCGUCGGCCGGCAGUCGGGAGGAGGAGCGGCGGAAACUGGCCGAUAUCAUCAACCACUGGAACGCGAACCGGCUGGACCUGUUCGAGAUUAGCCAGCCCACCGAGGAUUUGGAAUUCCAUGGAGUAAUGAGAUUUUACUUUCAAGAUAAAGCUGCUGGAAACUUUGCUACAAAAUGCAUCCGGGUCUCCAGCACUGCUACAACCCAAGAUGUCAUAGAAACUCUUGCAGAGAAAUUUCGACCUGACAUGAGAAUGCUGUCAUCUCCCAAAUAUUCACUUUAUGAAGUGCACGUCAGUGGAGAAAGAAGAUUGGAUAUAGAUGAGAAGCCUCUAGUUGUACAGUUAAAUUGGAACAAAGAUGAUCGGGAGGGCAGAUUUGUACUCAAGAAUGAAAAUGAUGCCAUUCCUCCUAAGAAGGCUCAGAGUAAUGGGCCUGAGAAACAAGAAAAAGAAGGCGUGAUCCAGAACUUUAAAAGAACUCUUUCAAAAAAAGAAAAAAAGGAAAAAAAGAAACGGGAAAAAGAAGCAUUGCGACAGGCAUCUGAUAAAGAAGAUAGGCCUUUGCAUGGAGAUGAUAUUGAGAAUUCUCGCCUGGCAGCUGAAGUGUAUAAGGAUAUGCCUGAAACCAGUUUCACACGCACAAUAUCAAAUCCUGAAGUAGUGAUGAAACGGCGGAGACAGCAGAAACUAGAAAAGAGAAUGCAAGAAUUCCGAAGCUCAGAUGGACGGCCUGAUUCGGGUGGAACUCUGAGGAUUUAUGCAGAUAGUUUAAAACCAAACAUCCCUUACAAGACAAUCCUGCUGUCGACCACGGAUACUGCAGAUUUUGCUGUGGUUGAAGCUUUAGAGAAAUAUGGUCUGGAAAAAGAAAAUCCCAAAGAUUACUGUGUUGCCCGAGUUAUGCUCCCCCCUGGAGCUCAACAUUCAGAUGAAAAAGGUGCUAAAGAAGUUAUCUUGGAUGAUGAUGAAUGCCCUCUACAAAUCUUCAGGGAAUGGCCAAGUGACAAAGGAAUUUUAGUCUUUCAGUUGAAAAGGAGGCCAUCAGAUUAUAUCCCAAAGAAACUGAAGAAGCAAAUUGAUGGAAAGCCACAAAAAGGGAAGGAAAGAACUGAUGGAUCUGGCUAUGGCUCUUCACUUCCUCCUGAAAAACUGCCCUAUUUGGUAGAAUUAAGUCCAGGCAGAAGGAAUCACUUUGCCUACUACAGCUAUCACACUUACGAAGAUGGUUCUGACUCCAGAGAUAAGCCAAAGCUCUACCGUCUGCAAUUAAGUGUCACUGAAGUUGGAACAGAAAAAUUUGAUGAGAACUCCAUUCAGUUGUUUGGCCCAGGAAUUCAGCCUCACCAUUGUGACCUAACAAAUAUGGAUGGAGUUGUUACAGUUACUCCUAGAAGUAUUGAUGCAGAGACCUAUGUGGAAGGGCAGCGUAUCUCAGAGACAACCAUGUUACAAAGUGGCAUGAAGGUUCAGUUUGGGACAUCUCAUGUAUUUAAAUUUGUAGACCCCAGUCAAGAUCACAUCAUUACCAAAAGAUCUAUGGAUGGAGGCCUUAUGGUUAAAGGUCCAAGGCACAAACCUGGAAUUGUCCAGGAGACAACCUUUGAUCUGGAAGGAGACAUUCAUAGUGGAACAGCAAUACCAACCAGCAAGAGUACCACCAGACUGGACAGCGACAGGAUAUCAUCAGCAUCCAGCACAGCAGAACGAGGGAUGGUGAAACCAAUGAUCAGAGUAGAACAGCAACAAGACUAUAGAAGACAGGACAGCAGAACUCAGGAUGCACCUGGUCCUGAACUGAUACUGCCUGCAAGCAUAGAAUUCAGGGAAAGUUCUGAAGAUUCAUUUUUAUCAGCUAUUAUAAAUUAUACUAAUAGCUCUACAGUACAUUUUAAAUUAUCACCUACAUAUGUGUUAUAUAUGGCAUGUCGGUAUGUACUGUCAAACCAAUACAGACCUGAAAUCAGCCCUGCAGAGCGUACUCACAAAGUCAUAGCAAUAGUUAACAAGAUGGUGAGCAUGAUGGAAGGUGUUAUUCAGAAACAGAAGAAUAUUGCAGGGGCACUUGCCUUCUGGAUGGCAAAUGCAUCAGAACUACUCAACUUUAUUAAGCAGGACCGAGAUCUCAGCCGAAUCACUUUGGAUGCCCAGGAUAUUUUAGCACACUUGGUUCAAAUGGCAUUCAAAUAUUUGGUUCAUUGUCUUCAAUCAGAACUUCAUAACUACAUGUCAGCCUUUCUGGAUGAUCCUGAAGAAAAUAGUUUACAAAGUCCCAAAAUAGAUGAUGUUUUGCACACACUCACUGGAGCUAUGUCAUUGUUACGAAGAUGUAGAGUUAAUGCUGCCUUGACGAUUCAACUCUUCUCUCAGCUCUUCCAUUUUAUUAACAUGUGGCUGUUUAACAAACUUGUUACUGACCCAGAUUCAGGGUUGUGUUCUCAUUACUGGGGAGCCAUUAUUCGUCAGCAGUUGGGCCAUAUUGAGACAUGGGCAGAGAAACAAGGCCUUGAGCUUGCUGCUGACUGUCAUCUUAGCAGAAUCGUACAGGCAACCACACUUCUUACCAUGGACAAAUAUUCACGUGAGGAUAUUCCAAAUAUUAACAGUACCUGUUUUAAACUGAAUUCGCUACAACUUCAGGCCUUAUUACAAAAUUAUCACUGUGCACCAGAUGAACCUUUUAUCCCAUCAGAUCUCAUAGAAAAUGUAGUAGCUGUUGCUGAAAAUACAGCUGAUGAAUUAGCACGUAGUGAUGGGAGAGAAGUACAAUUACGAGAAGAUCCUGAUCUUCAACUACCCUUUCUUCUGCCAGAAGAUGGAUAUUCUUGUGAUGUUGUCCGAAACGUUCCAAAUGGGUUACAGGAAUUUUUGGAUCCACUGUGUCAGAGAGGAUUCUGUAGGUUAAUGCCUCAUGCACGUUCACCAGGUACUUGGACAAUAUACUUUGAAGGAGCAGAUUAUGAAAGCCACUUUAUGCGGGAGAACACUGAACUGUCUCAGCCUCUAAGAAAAGAACCUGAAAUAAUCACUGUGACUCUCAAGAAGCAAAAUGGAAUGGGUCUUAGCAUUGUUGCUGCAAAGGGUGCAGGCCAAGAUAAACUUGGAAUUUAUGUGAAGUCCGUUGUAAAAGGAGGUGCUGCAGAUGUGGAUGGUCGUCUGGCUGCAGGUGAUCAACUGCUUAGUGUAGAUGGGCGGAGUUUGGUAGGACUGUCACAAGAAAGGGCAGCAGAGCUCAUGACAAGAACGGGUUCUGUGGUAACAUUAGAAGUUGCAAAACAAGGAGCGAUUUACCACGGCCUGGCUACUCUGCUCAACCAGCCUUCUCCCAUGAUGCAAAGAGUUUCAGAUCGACGAGGCUCAGGUAAACCCCGACCAAAGAGUGAAGGUUUUGAGCUAUAUAAUAAUUCAGCACAGAAUGGGUCACCUGAGAGUCCUCAGCUGCCUUGGACAGAGUAUAGUGAACCAAAGAAGCUUCCAGGAGAUGAUAGGUUAAUGAAGAACAGAGCUGAUCACCGGUCUAGCCCUAAUGUAGCAAAUCAACCUCCUAGUCCUGGAGGGAAAAAUGCAUAUGCCACUGGAACAUCAGCUAAAAUAACAUCUGUUUCUACUGGAAAUCUCUGUACAGAGGAACAAACACCAACACCAAGACCUGAAGCUUAUCCUAUCCCAACUCAAACAUAUACCAGAGAAUACUUUACAUUCCCAGCUUCUAAAUCCCAGGAUCGUAUGGUUCCUGUUCAGAAUCAGUGGACUAAUUAUGAUGAGAAACAACAGAUCCAGACAGAUAAUCAUCAUUCUGGUGCUAUAAUUCAGCGUGUUACUCGUUCCCAAGAAGAAUUGAGAGAUGAUCUCGUUUAUCAGCCAGAGUGUCAUCGCAAAGAUGCAGACUAUAUAGAUCAAAAGUCUGACAGUGACAUGUGGAUAAAUCAGAGCUCUUCUCUGGAAUCUAGCACAUCUAGCCAAGAAUUCCUGAACCAUUCUUCUAAAUCUGUUACUCCAGGUUCUACAUUAACCAAAAGUGGUCCUGGCCGCUGGAAAACGCCAACAGCUCUUCAGCCAACCCCAGUGGCUAUUUCCCAGCCUAUUCGGACAGACCUUCCUCCUCCACCACCCCCUCCCCCCGUGCACUAUUCAGCUGACUUUGAUGGGGUUCCGAUGGACUUGCCCCUACCUCCUCCUCCUCCGCUGCACCAGGUCGGAGCUCAGACUGCUCCAGCAGCAGCUGCAGAACGGAAAAAGAGAGAGGAGCACCAGCGGUGGUAUGAAAAAGAAAAGGCUAGAUUAGAGGAGGAGAGAGAGAGGAAGAGGCGAGAGCAGGAGAGAAAGCUGGGGCAAAUGCGCACUCAGCCCUUGAACCCCACUCAGCUUCCUCCUGUGCCUGUACAGCAGAUAAAGCCCGAAAAGCCAUCUACGUUACAGCGACCUCAAGAAACAGUCAUCCGGGAGCUGCAGCCCCAGCAGCAGCCACGGACGAUUGAGAGGAGAGAUCUGCAGUACAUCACAAUCAGCAAAGAAGAGCUUUCUUCUAGUGAUAGCUUGUCCCCUGACCCAUGGAAACGAGAUGCCAAGGAAAAGCUAGAGAAGCAGCAGCAAAUGCACAUUGUAGACAUGCUAAGCAAAGAGAUUCAGGAUCUUCAGAAUAAACCAGAUCGCACAGCAGAAGAAAAUGACCGUUUGCGCAAACUCAUGUUAGAGUGGCAGUUCCAGAAGAGACUCCAGGAAUCAAAGCAGAAAGAUGAAGAUGAUGAAGAUGAGGAAGAUGAUGAUGUAGACACCAUGCUAAUUAUGCAGCGACUAGAGGCCGAAAGAAGAACCAGGGAUGAAGAACGCAGACGCCAACAACAGUUAGAAGAGAUUCGUAAACGGGAAGCAGAAGACAGGGCCAGGCAGGAAGAAGAUCGUCGGCGCCAAGAGGAGGAGCGAGCAAAGCGAGAUGCUGAAGAAAAGAGGCGACAGGAGGAAGGGUAUUACAACCGCCUGGAAGCUGAAAGGCGCCGACAGCACGACGAAGCGGAGCGGAGGCUGCUGGAGCCUGACGAGCCUGGUCUGUACAGACCGCCACUUCCACGGGACUAUGAACUCCCACCCCUAACCCCCUCCGCUAACGCUCCUCCUCCCCCACCUCAACGAAACACCUCUUACCUCAAAACGCAGGUCCUCUCCCCCGACUCGGUGUACACUGCCAAGUUUGUUGCAUACAAUGAGGAGGAGGAGGAGGAGGACUCCGGCCUAGCAGGUCAGGAUAAGUACUCCUGCACGAGAAAAUCUUACGGGGACUUCCCUCCUGCCGCCCCUAAGCCGCCACAGCAGCCGCGCCCGGUCUCCGACGGCAUCUAUCUUUCCACCUCAUUCCAGCCACCCUCGCUCAAUGCCAACAGUACUGCUCACACAACAGGCCAGCCCCCUCCCCCACCAAAAAAGCCCGCCUUCUACCAGGCCAGCGGCCCCAAAGGAAUGAGCUCUUACACUGGGUCUACUGGAGCGGUCGUUGGUGUCCAUGAGGUUUAUAGAGAUCCAAGAGAGAAACGAUCUAAAAGCCAAGAGGCAGAUUUACCUGGAAUUUCUGGAGCCCCUGAAAAUCUGACAUUCAAGGAGCGUCAGCGUCUCUUUUCCCAGGGCCAAGAUGUCUCCAAUAAAGUAAAAGCUUCUAGGAAAUUAACAGAACUGGAAAAUGAAUUGAAUACAAAAUGAAAGUAGAGGGAGGUG